UCAUCUCCCAACAUAUCCACCCUUGUCCCUGUUCGUCAUCACACACACUUUCUCUCUCUAGAUCUCUCUCUCUCUCUGGAUUUUUUUUCUCUCUCUCACAUUACAGCUAUCGUAUUUCUGUCUCUGCCAUUGCGAAAGGGACGCUGAAAAAAAAAAGAUACAUAUAAAAAAUAAAUAAAACACACAACACAACAGCCCAUAAACCCAGCGACGAGGUUUUCUAAGGGACGAAAAAUAAACCAGGGAGUCUCAGAAGAAGAAAACAAGGGAAUCAAUCACACAACACAAUAACAAGAACGGGUCUUUGAAGAGAUUGGACCAAAGGGUCAAGUGGGCCAUUUUCAGUUUUUUCUACCAUUCAUUCAUUUUCCUUGUUCAGGAAGGGCGUUUGAUUUUGCAGGUGCUUGAAGUUUUCGCUUGGACAAGCAUCAUAUCUUUGAGUUGUUUUGUUCUGUCUCUGUUUUCGUGAGAUUUACGUUUUACUAUGAGGAGAGGUUAACACACUACUUCUCUCCUUGUUUCUCGGAAGAUUUUAUAAGGUCCUUGUCUUCUAAAUAAGCUUGGUUAGAAAUGUCUUUUUGCAGUCUUUGAAAGUUGCCAAACAUUAAACUUUUACAGAUGGAAUCAGUUAAGCCUUCAGCAGUGACACCAAGCAAGAGCAAGUUGGCUCGCACAUUCGCCAAAGUUCUUCAUGUUAGAGCAGUGACAGGAAUUGCACCAGUUGAUGGACUGAAGAAAGGGGAUGCAGAUCUCAACAAUGAAGCAAAUAUAAUCAAAGAAGAAGAGGAAGAACUUCAGAAAAGAAAGGCCACAGAAGCUUCGCUUGCAAAAGCAUUUGCCAGCAUUUCGACUGUGAAAGCUUCAUAUGCUCAGCUGCAGCAUGCUCAGUCUCCUUAUGACCCUGAUGUGAUUCAAGCUGCUGAUCAAUUGAUAGUCUCAGAGUUCAAGACCUUGUCUGAGAUAAAGCAGUGUUUCUUUAAAAAGCAAUUUGAUCCUUCACCGGAUAGAGCAAUUCUUCAAGCUAAGUUGAAGGAGUUAGAGAGUGUGAACAAAACAUUUGAGAUCACAGGGCAGAAGUUAGAAUCACAGGUUCGGCUCAAGGAAUCUGAGAUUACAUUUCUCCGAGAAAAGCUAGAGGAAGCUAACAAGCAGAACAGGUCAAUUGAGAAGAGGUUAAAUCAAAGUGGAUCAUUAUCAGUUCUUGACAAUCUCCACAUUUCAGGGCUAAGUCCCAGCCAUUUUGUUACUGUUCUUCGCCACACCGUUAGGUCCAUUCGAAACUUUGUGAAACUGUUGGUGAAUGAGAUGAGAUCUGCAGGUUGGGAUAUUGAUGCUUCAGUGAAUGCCAUUAUCGAGCAGAAUGUGGAUUACUGGAAAGAAGAUCACAAGUGUUUUGCAAUUGAGUCAUUUGUGUGUAGGGAGAUGUUUGAUUCUUUCAACAUCCCUAACUUCUCCUUACCCAAUGAAUCCCUGCCGGAUAAAAACAAGAGGCAACUGUUCUUUGGGAGGUUCAACGAGCUAAAACCAGUGAAAGCGAUGGAAUUUCUUUCGGCGAAGCCAAGGUCACCAUUUGCAAAAUUCUGCAGGAUCAAGUUCUUGAGACUUGUUCAUCCCAAGAUGGAGGCAUCAUUCUUUGACAACGUGAAUCAGAGGAACCUGCUGAAUGGUGGAGAGUUUCCUAACACCAACUUCUUCACCUCGUUUGCUGAGAUGGCCAAGAGGGUGUGGCUUCUACACUGCUUGGCCUUCUCCUUUGAGUCUCAAGCUUCAAUCUUUCAAGUGGGGAAGGGUUGCAGAUUCUCUGAUGUGUACAUGGAGAGUGUGAAUGAGAAUGAAAAUGAAAAUGAUGAAGAAAUGGCAGUGGAAUCUGAGCCACAAGUUGCUUUCACUGUUCUUCCAGGGUUUAGGAUCGGUAAAACUCUCAUACAGUGCCAAGUUUACCUCUCACAAGCCAUGGUAAAAAAAUCCACAUGCAGAAAGCAAAAAAGGUAGUAGUAUUAGUUCCAGUAGCAGUAGAAAAAAAUGGUGUUUUUCAUCAGUGGUUGACCCCACCAUGCAAUAGGUUGGUGAAGUGGAAGCCAAUGUUUUUAGUUGAACUUUUGGGAGGACAUGGCUUGUGCAGUGCAUGGCUCUGUGCUUGUGGGGACCCACCCUUCUGCCAUGGUUCAAUAGGGCGUUUUCUUGUCCAUUUGUAUUUUGGCCAGUUUCUAAAGGAAGCGCGUGAACCCUUGCAUUGGGAAGUGUCCUUUUUGUUCAGAAUGUUUUUUUUUUCUUCUUCUUACUAUGAAGUUUAAUUAAUCAGAUGCAUGCCCCAAAUUUUGUUGAUAUUAGGCCGGUGGCAGAGGUGGUCUUAGCUGGAAUGCAUCUUUACCGAACAUUGCAUAUGUCAUGUACAUAAUAAUGUUGGUGGUAAUUUUGUUAUGCUCUUCUUAGGUUUUUUCCUUUUCUUCCAUAAUGUUUUGUCUUGGUAUAGAUACAAGUCUUGGAUAUUUUAUGGCUUUGUCUUGGACUAAUUUAAUGGAAAUGAAUGCAGUUUCAGCAAA